AUGGCUGUUGUCCUCAAUUACCUCCAGUUCCUUCUUGGACGGACGCUCUAUCCCUUCCGCGGCCAUGACGCCGGUCAGAUCAUCUACACACCCGCUUUUAAGAGCGUUUCGAAACCCAAUAUGACACUUGAGAGCCCUGAAUGUGGCCCUUCAGGCUCGAGUCUACUUCUUCGCCACACAAAUCUGGCCGAAGAUGGGCGCGGUUGUCUACCCGAGUUGCGCUGGACCCCUCCGCAAUGCGAACAGCCCGUGCAGGAGUACGUGUUGAUCUGUGAAGACAUCGAUCUUCCAGUCCCAUUCCUUGUCAUUUAUCAUGGCAUGCAAUGGGGGAUUCCUUCAUCCGCCACAAAAGCCUCUCCAGCUGAUGUCAAGCCAUCGGAAACCGACCCGAAGUCCAACAUGACUGAAGCGGGCUGGCGGUAUGUGCCCAACCUUAUGGGGACUUCUUACAUCGGUGCUGGUCCUCCAUUAGGGCACGGAAGUCACCGGUAUGUUUACACAAUCAUUGCUCUUAGCGAGCCUCUUCAGUUCGAGCGUCCCGAGAAGGCCUCCAAAAAGGACAUUCAAAACGCCAUGGUCGGGAAAAUUGUUGGCUGGGGCCAAUGGGUUGGAGUCUUUCAACGUCCCUGGCCUAACUAG